UAAGACUUCUCUUCCAUGAUCAGCAUUUCUACUCCCUCCAAGAAGAGUAUCAAAGCCAAAGCAGCAGCAACAGACAAACAUGAAUACGAAGGGCAUGGCUACAGUCCUGGCUGUGAUAUUCUGUGCUACAAUUGUUCAAGGCUUCCCCAUGUUCAAAGGGGGACGGUGUCUUUGCACACACCCUGGAGUAAAAGCAGUGAAAGUGGCAGAUAUUGAGAAAGUCUCCAUAAUUUACCCAAGUAAUAACUGUGACAAAAUAGAAGUGAUUAUCACCCUGAAAACACAUAAAGGACAAAGAUGCCUAAAUACCAACUCAAAGCAAGCAAAAGUUAUAAUCAAGAAAGCUAAAAGAAUGAAUUUUUUAAAAUAUCAAAAAGUAUGAAGUCCUGGAAAGGAGGAUUUGAAAACCUAGAACAAGUGUAACUGACUAUUGACAUGGUAAGAAUUCUGCAAUAGGAAACUGACUUUCUCCUGCCUGUUGUAAUGAACAUUCAUGCAUUUCUAGGUUAGGAAAGUUUCUAGGAGAUUUGAUGCUUGUAACUAUUCUGCUGUGGCUAUGAAAACAUUUCUGUCUCUAAAAGUUAUCUGUCUGUAUUUGACCUAUAUUUUAUAUUACAAUAUCUAUUAUUACUGAAAUCAAGACUAUGACUCAUAAGUCAAAAGCAUCCAUGAACAUUCCCUAAGUAUUUUUUUAUGCAAAUCCACAUUCCUUUUCCUAAAAAUUGGAAAAAGUCCUUAAACACCAUCUUGUUUUAUAAAAAAGGCUAUAAUUCAUGAAAUGUACUAUGAAGACAAUUAUAAGCUAAGGGUAACUGGUAAGAGUGCAAGUAUUUCAUAACAAUUAGUAGCUCUGGUCUUGAUUUGAUUUUUUUUUUAAUUCAUUUAAUUUAUUUAUUUUUGGCUGCAUUGGGUCUUCGUUGCAGUGCGCGGGCUUCUCAUUGUGGUGACUUCUCUUGUUGCGGAGCAUGGGCUCUAGGCGCAUGGGCUUCAGUAGUUGCGGCACGCGGGCUUCAGUAGUUGUGGCUCGUAGGCUCUAGAGCACAGGCUCAGUAGUUGUGGCGCACGGGCUUAGUUGCUCCGCGGCAUGUGGGAUCUUCCCGGACCAGGCCUCGAACCCGUGUCCCCUGAAUUGGCAGGCGGAUCCUUAAACACUGCUCCACCAGGGAAGCCCUUGAUUUUUUUUAACACCCUUUUUUUUCAUUGAGAUAUUUUGAAGCAAUUAGGAUGUAUGUGUUUACCGUGAAUUUUGGUUUUAUCUACUGUUAUAAAUUAUACUAAUGUUUUGAACACAUUUUAUAUAUGAAAUGCUUUUUUCUACCAAAGAAAAAUGUUGAAAUAAAUAUAUGUGCAUAUCUGGCAA